GUGAUUCCCAUGCCUCACUUUCUAGCACUAUAGUUGGACGCGAUCUUCUUGCUAGACAGACAAAAUGCUUCGAAUGUUGUUCUACUGAUCACUGCAACACAGCUUUGUGCUAUCAUCUGGAACCCAAGCUAUGUAUCGAUGAUGAAUCCAUGGAUUGUGCAAAGCUUAAUUCUUUAUUCAGCGUUUGUAGUGACGUAAACCAUGCAAGGAACGUAUGUCCAAGAUUCUGUGGACUUUGUAUUGUUGACGGAAACUGGACAGCAUGGUCUUCGUGGAGUAAAUGUGACGUAACCUGUGAAAAUGGGCAACAGUCUCGGACAAGAUCGUGCACAAACCCGGCACCAAAGAAUGGUGGUCUAGACUGUGUUGGUGACAGUACUGACGUAAAAGUUUGCAAAAAGGAACUUUGUCCUGUUCAUGGCGGAUGGAGUGGCUGGUCGCAAUGGGGUGUGUGCUCGGUAACAUGUGACAUGGGCUUACAACGUCGUUCUCGAAACUGUUCUAAUCCUGUUCCAAGUCUCGCAGGCAACUACUGUUUUGGUGACAGUCUUGAUAACAAACUGUGCAUGCCUGCUCCAUGUGCAAAUGGUGGCUGGAGUAACUGGAGCUCGUGGGGCAUAUGCAGUGCGACAUGUGGCGGAGGAAUUCGUUCUCAGUCGAGGUCUUGUUCGAACCCUCAUCCUUCGCCGUAUGGAAAAUAUUGCUUAGGUUCUAAUGACAGGGUGGAGUCAUGUGGCAAUAUGAAUUGUGAAACGAAACACUGCUUGUCCAAUCCAUGUGUAUAUGGCCAAUGCUAUGAAGCUCUUCAAGAUUAUCUUUGUUCAUGCAACCAUGGUUACGAAGGUCGUUACUGCAAUAUUUCGACCAGCCGUUGCCAGACCGAUCCUUGCGUUCACGGCACAUGCGUAGACAUGUUAAAUGAUUAUUCUUGUAUUUGUCAUCACGGAUACGAGGGGCGUCAUUGUAACUUUUCCAAUUUUUACUGUAGGACACAUCCAUGUAUGCAUGGAACAUGCAUCUCUGAAAACUCAGAUUACACAUGCUACUGUAGUGCCGGUUAUGUUGGAAAGAACUGUGACAUCACAAAUGCGUCCGACUGUUACGACAUAUUGCACAGGAACAUAAGCAGUAAAAGUGGCGUAUAUAAUAUUAUCUUGUGGAGAACUAAACAAAUGAAAGAAGUCUUUUGCGAUAUGGAAACCGACUUAGGAGGAUGGACGGUAUUUCAAAAUCGUUUUGAUGGAUCGGUGAACUUCACCAGGAAAUUCUUAGAAUAUAUCAAUGGAUUCGGAAGUAUUACAGGGGAAUUUUGGCUUGGUUUAAAGUAUAUAGAGGAAAUGUCUGCGCAAGGAUCAACUGAACUGAGAAUAGAUUUGACAGCGGCAGACAAUUCACACGUCUACGAAGUGUACCCAAAUUUUCAUUUAGGUACAAACCCUGGUUACAACCUCCAUGUAAAUAAGGGCGCUGGGACUGCAGGUGAUAGAUCAGGACUGAGUUAUCAUAACGGACGACCCUUUUUAACGUACGACCACGAUACUGUUCACAUAUGCGCCCUGGGUAGUGGAGGCGGAUGGUGGUAUGGUUACUGUGCAGAUGUUAAUCUAAAUGGAAAAUAUUUCACACCUGGAACAGAUCAUGGUAUCGAAGGAAUGUUCUACAGGAACUUUAAAAAUACCGAAUCUUUAAAGACAUCGAAAAUUAUGUUCAGACGCGUUUAGUGUAGACUGGGAAGUAGAACAAAACAUAUACAACUAAAAGCCUUGACUUUAUAUGACUCUUUGAAACAAAUAUGACAUGCAUUUAUGGAAUUUGCCAAAUUCAGAAACGACAAUACUUCAUACAAUUCUUCUAACUUGAGAGGUAAAACCCGUAAUAUUAAUAAUACUUUUAUUUUCUUAUUAUGUAAUACAUGUAAUCUUCAUAUUA